GCGAGGUUAUCAAGAUUGAGCUCUUCGGUCCAAGAAGCGUGGCGAUGGGAGAGGAGGCGGUUUUCCGAAGGAACUUCUCGGCGAUGGCAGCAGCUGCUACGGCGGUGGCGGAGGAGGAUGAGGAUGAGGAAGAGUCUGAUACGUCAAGUGCUGCCGCGGUUGGACUGGGGUCGGGUGGGAUGAGGAGGAAAAAGAGGAGGAGGGCCGCGGGGAAGGUGGCGGCAAAAGGGUAUAGGAAGUUGGCGGAGACGAUAGGGGGAUUUGCAGACAUAUAUGAGAGAGUAGAGGAGGCGAAACAGAGGCAAAUGGUUGAGUUGGAGAAGCAGAGAAUGCAGUUUGCCAAGGAUUUGGAGAUUCAAAGGAUGAAGCUUUUUAUGGAAUCCCUGGUCCAGCUCAAAAAGCUUAAGCGAUCUAAGCGCAAUUCACCAUCUGGUGUUGUAAGCGGGCUUGCUCUCUCUCCUCUCGUUCCUCAGUUGCCUUCUCUCCCUGGCCGUUAGUUGCUUUUCAAUCACGGACUCUACAGUCGCCGAGAUCGUGAAAGAAAUAAUGGGACUUCGGAGCUUAUUGAAGGCUUUGGAGUAAUGGGUGGACAGGGAAAGAAAGAGAGGGCAAGGACUCCAUGUAAGAAGCCUUCGCCGCAGCUCUAUCAUCCCUAUUAGUAUCUCGUUAUUCAAUCUGAUUUUGAUCUGGUUUUGUUUUCUUGGCACAGAUGGCUUGUGUUUCUGCUAUUUUGGUGUAUGUUUGGUUUUGGGUCAACUAGCAAUUUGGUAGAUGAAGGGUAAAAUAGGCAUAUCAGGUGAAAGUCUGUGAUAGAAAUCUAUUUUUCGCAAGAAACACGCACCUUUCCGGUGCGUUUAAUACAAACGCCGUACAUUUGACGAUUUUCGUCGACUUUUCAGAAUAAUUCAAACCAUGGGGUACCGACAUGUAUGAUAUGAAAUCACAUGGGGCUUUU